AUGUUGAAGAAAGUUGAUCCAACAAAUUCAGUAUUGGUGGCAUACUUGCAACAUGUUAAUCCUUCAGUCGAAACUGGGAUUUUACUGAAAAUAAGUGGUGAAGGUUCAUCCAAGAAGUCAAAGAAGGGAGAUGAUAAUGUUGUUCCCGAAAGCCCCAAGAAACAAGCUAAGUCUACGUCUCCUAAGAAGAUUGCAAACGAAACUGAGAAGCCUAAGGAGAAGGUUGUUCCUGACUCUUCGAGGGAAUUGAUUCCUUCGAAAUCUGGUGUGUUCAAAAGAUUAAGUAAUUUCUCUUUUAAGAAACGAACUUCAUCAGAAGAUCAAUCUCCAACUAUUCGCAAACCUCAUCUAAACAGAAAAGGAGUGAAAGUUCGUGAGAUUCCUGCACCAGUUUCACCAUCAUCCAAGAAGCAAGGAGUUGAGGAUAUGGUGAAGCAUAUCAAUAAGAAGAGAAAGAAAUGA